UUAUAGUUCUUCCCAUAGUAGGCCUUUGUAAAUGUUGUAUUUUGUUGAAGGUGAAUAAAAUCAGUGGUUUAAAAAAAAAGGUAAAAGUUCAUCUCAGCGUCACUGUUCAGAAAACUGCUGUAAAGCAAUGUGAGUAGGUAGGAAUUAUAUGCUUAAUUGAGAUGUCUGCAACUUAGCACCUGAGUCUUAAAUCUCCCAGUCUCAUUCUUCAUGACUCCUUUGGUUGUUUGCAUUUGGACCCCUGAAAUGAACCAAGCCCUGAGAAUCCAAAAAUGAAUACACCUCUGCUGCAUUUAAUGGAUUUUCCAAUCUAUUCGGGAAAUUAGCACAGACCAAAGCGGGUCCUCACAACCUGUGGCACCAGCGCAUCUUGGGUGUGUGACAAUGGAAGAGUUGGAUGCUUUAUUGGAGGAAUUGGAACGCUCUACCCUCCAGGACAGUGGUGAAUACUCCAACCCUGCUCCUCUUCCCAAGGAUCAGCAUUCUGGAAAAGAGAGUGCUGAGACUUCAGACAUCCCUUCUGUUCAGGAUGACACAAGCCCCUUGCAGGUGCAGCUCGUGUAUACUACUAAUAUUGAGGAGCCCCACGUCUACAGUGACAUCCAAGAGCCAAAUGAAUCCCUGCCACAUUCCAAAACCUCAGCAGCUGCUCAGUUGGAUGAGCUCAUGGCCCACCUGUGUGAAAUGCAGGCCAAGGUGGCAGUGAAAGCAGAUGCCAGCAAGAAGUACUUACCAGACAAGCAGGAUCACAAGGUCUCCCUGGACUCAAUGCUGGGGGGAUUGGAGCAGGAAUUGCAGGACCUUGGGAUUGCCACAGUGCCUAAGGGCCAUUGUGCUUCCUGCCAGAAAUUGAUUGCUGGAAAGGUGAUCCAUGCUCUAGGGCAAGCAUGGCAUCCAGAGCACUUCAUCUGCAGUCACUGCAAGGAAGAGAUUGGCUCCAGUCCCUUCUUUGAGCGCAGUGGUUUGGCCUACUGCCCCAAGGACUACCACCAUCUGUUUUCGCCACGCUGUGCUUACUGUGCUGCUCCCAUCCUGGAUAGAGUGCUGACGGCAAUGAACCAAACCUGGCACCCAGAGCACUUCUUCUGCUCUCACUGUGGAGAGGUGUUUGGUGCAGAAGGUUUUCACGAGAAGGACAAGAAGCCAUAUUGCCGAAAGGAUUUCUUAGCCAUGUUCUCACCCAAGUGUGGGGGCUGCAACCGCCCCGUGUUGGAAAACUACCUUUCAGCCAUGGACACUGUCUGGCACCCCGAGUGCUUUGUUUGUGGGGACUGCUUCAGCAGUUUCUCCACUGGCUCCUUCUUUGAACUAGAUGGACGUCCAUUCUGCGAGCUCCAUUACCAUCAUCGGCGAGGAACACUCUGCUAUGGGUGUGAGCAGCCCAUCACCGGCCGCUGCAUCAGUGCCAUGGGCCACAAGUUCCAUCCUGAGCACUUCGUCUGUGCGUUCUGCCUGACGCAGUUGUCGAAGGGAAUCUUUAAGGAACAGAAUGGCAAGACCUAUUGUCCACCCUGCUUCAAUAAGCUCUUCCAAAUAUAAUCUCAGCUGAACCCACAGCCCCAUCCAAAUCCCCUUUAACAUUUAAACUGAGAGAGGAAAGAGUACAUUUGCUGUUACUGGCCUUCUGCUCAGUAGGCUUACAGAGAAAGUAAAGGUGAUGAACAAAGAAGGGAAUGUCUAGAUGUUAGGCUUGUAGCCUUAAGUUUCAGAUUUCUAGUCUUAUUUUUUUAAUUGAGUACUUGGAUUUAGAUCUGGAGCCUGCUAGCUAGUGCCUCUGAAAAUAUAUUUUUCACAUGCACACAUUCAUUUCAUAAUUGGUUUUCUCAGAUUUCUCCAUUUUCACCCCUAUGAUGGCCCUGCUCACAUCUAAUCUCCUUUUCAGGUUUCCAUAUUUCCAUGUGACUCAGUUCCCCACAAUCAUGGCUGUGGACUUUAUCCUUGCUGUCAGGAAUCAUGAUAGCACUCUUAAGCUCCUUGCAUCUCCUUUCAGUAUAUUUCUCUUUUUCAAGAGGUAUUAGAUUUUAACUGGACAAAUUUGAGUGCUGACAUAAUUGACAAAUAAAGUGGCUUGUGUGUGUGUUUUAAAUAUGUUUUCAUUGAUUUUAGAGAGAGAGGAAGGGA